UUGGGUAUAUCUAUGUGUUCUUGCAUUAAGAACUUAUUGCUAGCACCGACUUUUGAAUAAUGACUCUGGAUCCAAUAUUCUUAUUGAUUUGGUUCAAGUUUGAAGCUCUUGUAAAGCACGCUCGUAACGCGCCUCUCCAAAACGCGCCCGCCGCCGCCGCCCCAUCACUCAAGACUCCUUCUCCAUCCUUCCCCACAUCUUCCCUCUUACCACCCCUCUUUCCCUACUCUUCUCCGAUUCGUCCGACGUGCGAUCAUGCUGCGUGUAUCUCCAAUCUUCUCCACCAUCAUUAUCACCACCACCACGCUUCCAACACUACCCGCAACAACAGCACCAUGCUUACCCCAGAACUCGAGAUCCUGAAACCGAUCGAUCCGUCGAUAACGAAUUCGGACGACUACGAAAUAUACGUGCUCAGCAAUGCACAUGUCGUGUACGAGCGGAAUGGAAAGCCAGCGAACCUGCUCAGAGCAUAUGGAGAUGUGCCGCUGAAAGUGGAGGGGAGAUUGGAUUCGCUGGAUCGGAAACAAGCCAAAAAUCUUGUCAAGAAACCCUUUCGACCGGUCGAUGUCGUCAUACGAAAUGUUACGCGCUUCUCCUACGGGCAGAUGACGGACGGCGAGUUGGUGAUUUGGGCACUGGGGGCGGCGGGUUGGUUUGAGAUACGCCCCCGCCGGGAUUAUAAGCCUAUCUUCCAGGAUAUGGUCGAUGCGGUCGAGCUGCUGUAUUUCGUUUCCGAUAUAUAUAAUGAGCCGCGGAAGAGGGGCGGCGGACCGAGUGCGCAGUUGGUUUUCCAGGAGUACGCUGAGGACGAAAGAUACCCAUGUACCGACCCCGAGGUUGCGGCGUCGUUGUUUUCCAAGCAUCAUGAAUUCCUCAUAAUGAGCUUUCUGGAACGAGCGCAAGGUCUUGCGUGGGGCAAUACUCCCAUUUGCCAGUAUUUCAAGAAGCUGUAUCCGAAAAUAUACGAGACUACGAAAGCACGUGUAGAAGGUCGGUCAGAGAAAUCUGUGAAAGCCGCUGUGAAGCCAUCCCCUGCUCCAUCGACAUCGUCAGCUACCCGUAGGAACGCACGAUUAAAAAAAGACGUGGAGGCACAUCCGAAAAAGGACGAUAAUUGGUGGGAAGCGGCCGCUAUCUACGAAUUCAUUCGAUCGGCGGUGAACAAGCUUGUGUUGAAACCGGGCUGCAAUCACAUCACACUGGAUCGAGUGUCCAAGUUGAUGGUCAAGCGAUAUGAAAUCGAAGAAGCGGAAAUAGCGAAGAGUAUCUGUCUGGUACAUGCAGACAACCUUUGCUACAAGAUGAGACAUCCGCGGAGUAAGAGCGCGAGUUUUCUAGCAGAUGAGCCUAUAUAUCAUGAGUUACAAACUGGGCACGAAUUAUCUGCCAUUGAUGUCAGAAGAGCAGAGGCGGUGGCGUUACGACCACGGAAAGAUCAUAAUCUUUACUUGGUCGUGACUGAUGAUGAGGAGGACGAAGAGGACGAGGACGAAGACUCAGAUGAUGCGCUGGUAACCCCUCGACGGAAACCAGACCGACGGAAAAAGAAAGGGAGACUAUCGGUGCUUCGACCUACGGCCAGCAAGUAUUCUGGGAAAGGGAAAGGCGUCAAGAGAUUCAAAGGUAAAAGCAAGGGGCCACCAGGAGAAGUUCCGCCGUCAGAAGAAUCUCAAUCUGGCGCAGACGCCGAAGAUGACAGCAGUGAUAAUGAGAGUCGCAUGGGUGCAGAUACGCCGACACAGGCGCUCUCUCCCGGCCGCUCAAAGCGCAAGUUCGUCAGCACCCUUGAAGACGAUGAGCAAGAAAAAGGCCGUCGGAAACGCGCAGCCAGCAACUCCAUCACCCCUAAAUCCCCACCUACCACAACAUCAACCAUUCACUCCUCCGAACAAGAAGACUCUCCUACGACAUCUAACUCGGAGGAGGACACGGAGGAAGAUGAAGACGCAGAUGCAGACGACGAAACCGCCUUACCACUGCGAUACCGACCGACCUCUACCAAUCCGAACGAUCCCGACCAUAGACCGAAUAAUAGUGUCAUUCCACCCAUUGUGUCUACUCCCUUACCAACGUACGAGGCGAACGGUCCGCGCGAUUCCUGGAAUUGUACCUUUGACGGGUGCUCGCAACGGAUCUAUGGAGCUUCGAAAGAAAUGGGGCGACGCCUAAUCACAGAGCAUUUGGAGGAUCAUGCGAAAGGCCGUGAGACAGUGGUGGGGAUUCUGCUUCGAGAAGAGGAGAAGCUUAGGUUACCUGUCAACAACCUUCUCAAAAAGAUCCGCGAACUCAGCGAAGCACAGACACCGCUCUUCCCUCCCUCAGCUUCCUCUUCUACUUCUCCCUCCCCAGACCCCGAUGUUGUUGCUGCUACGAGUAAAUACCCGCCACCACUCCCGCAGCCUAUACGUAGGGUUGUAUAG